AUGAAGCUCUACAUCUGCCUGACCUUGAUACUGGAUGUCGCUGCAGGUAACAAUAUUUCUUGUGGCUUCUCAUCCCAUUUUCAGCUGCACCUUCCCCUGCUGUCCCUCUAUUCUUUCACCAGCAUUUUGAUUUACUAAAAUCUGAAUUGCAUGAUUUGUACACAAACAGUUUCCACAGUUUUUAAUAUUAUGCAUACUCUCCUUAUAAUUUAAAACAUAUAUAGUUGUGACUUGUGAAAAAUACAAUUAUAGGGAAACUCCAGGUCCCAAUAUAAGUAGGUUUUGGGCAUAUUAAAAUCUUUGUAGAAUGCUUCACCUUUGGUCUGUGUAUUUAGCCAUUCCCUCUUACACCAGGAAAAUAAUUCCUUCUCAAUGUAUGCAUACAGCUCAGCCACUGACAGUACUGAAUGAUCUGAACUACACAGCACACAUCAUAUUAAUGAGUCCAAAACCUAUCGAAAGCAUUUUGGUGUAUUGGUACCUGGGGUGUUCCUUUAAAUGUGGACAUUCAUCUUUGUUCUGCAAGUGGGUGUCUCUAUCAUAGUUAUUUGUAAAUUAUUGCUAUAAGCUCUGUCCUUUGUACCUAGCUGUCAGUGUAGAGAAUGCAUCCAGAUAAGGGGAUGCUUUGCCUUGUCUGAACUGGAUUGUAAUACUUCUAUAUACUGUACUGUAAUACUUCUAUCUCACAGACCCAGCAUUUAUUUUUGCACAUAUGUUUGGCUUCAGUUAUAGCUGCACCUAAAAACUAAAUUUCACUAGUUGUAAUUUAACAACUUUCUAAAAGAAUAUGAAACUAGGUCCUAAUAUCUAUAAACAUAAACCCAAAAUAAGUUAAAAAAAAAUAAGAGUUGCUGUCCCUUAAAAACCAGUACCCAUAAACAGGGCCGUCUCUAACGCGGGGCAAACGGUGCAGCUGCCCCGGGCCCAGUUGCUCCUGGGGGCCCAGAGCAGCUGCUCUGUGGGCCCCGCGAUUUGCGCAGCCCCUACGGACCGGGCGGUGCGGCUCCCGCACACUGAGGAGGCUCUCCGGGUGGCCCAUGCAUCUGUGAAUCCGGUAUCUGUGAAUGUUUUAAUGUCUGUCUGUGUGUAUGUGCCAGUACGUCUGUCUGUGUGUGUAUGUCAGUAUGUCUGUGUGUGUGUGUCAGCAUGUCUUUGUGUGUCAGUAUGUCUGUGCGUGUAUGUAAGUAUGUCUGUGUGUGUGUGUGUGUCAGUCAGUAUGUCUGUCAGUGUAUGUGUCUGUGUGUAUGUAUGUAUGUAUGUAUGUCUGUGUGUGUGUGUGUCAGUCAGUAUGUCUGUCAGUGUAUGUGUCUGUGUGUGUGUCAGUAUGUCUGUCAGGAUAUAUUUGUAUGUCAGUGUAUGUGUGUGUCAGUAUAUAUCUGUUAAUGUUUUAAUGUCUGUCUGUAUCAGCCAUUACGUCUGUCUGUGUAUAUGUCAGUAUGCCUGUGUGUGUAUGUCAGUAUGCCUGUGUGUGUGUCAGUGUGUCUGUCAGUGUAUGUGUCUGUGUGCUUUAGUAUAUCUGUCAGUGUAUGUGUUUGUGUGUGUGUCAGUAUAUCUGUUAAUGUAUGUGUCUGUGUAUGUAUGUAUGUAUGUCUGUGUGUGUGUCAGUAUGUCUGCCAGUAUAUAUUUGUGUGUAGUGACUGUGUGUGUCAGUAUAUGUCUGUCUGUGUGUGUAUGUGCCAGUACGUCUAUUAGUGUGAUUGCGGGUUGGACGUAAUUGGGGGGUGAGGCAGUGGCAGGGACAGGGCCCAUGAGGCCCAAGAAAAUGCAUUGCCCAGGGUCCUAAUCAUAUUAUAGAUGGCCCUGCCCAUAAACGUUCUUCUCAAGAAGCAGUUUCAAAUAAACAGUAAGUGCUCACACGGUCAUGGAUAUAUACUAAUUAGAAAAUAUAUUUUAUUCAAAACAUGACAUUAACAACAUCACAGAUAAAAGUAGAAUACACGUAGUACAAAGCAGCAAUCCCUUAAACAAAGGACCAAAAAUAGCCCUAUAAAGAAAAAGCCUUUUAAAAUGCCACCGUCACCACUCCCUCCCAUAUCUCAUGAGAAUUUUAUCAAGAUAGAAUCUUGCUCAUUUCAGUGGAAUUCCAACCUGGUCAAGAGAUAUACUGAGACAAAGUAAGGACUUCAAUUAUAGAAAACGAAAAAAUUCCCCUUAGUUGUAGAUCCACGGAAAUGUAGAGACCACGACUAGGGGAAUCGGUCAGGAUGGGUGUUACCGGCUCCACCCAGACUUGGGCAUAGACCCUUAAUUGUACAGUAAAUAAAAAUAUGAAAAAGUGCUAAGGUAGUUCCCCUUAUACAGGAGAAACUACCAAGCCUGCCAGCAAAGUAAGCAAACACUAAUAUAAAGCCUGAUACAUCUCAAAAUAUGGAGUCUGACUGAUAGGAGAGAAGUAAUUAAGGGAAGGAGAGCCAAACGAUACUUGGUAAUAUCAGAUAUUGUUAUAGUGCAUACAAGAGUAUCUCUAAAUAAACAGUACAGAACUGUAACUUUAUUAAGCUGCUGAAUCAGAAGAGGAUACAAUAGCACCUAAGUAACAAAGUAACAACUCAAAUCCCUAUAAUUGCUUAUUAAUGUGAAUCCUUAAGUAUAAGGAAAUAAACAUUUAGUUAUAAAUAAUACUCCAAACGAGCUUGCAAAGAUAGGAACUGGGAGAUAAAUACAACAUUCUAAAUUCUGUUCCCAGAGGGACUUCAAACUGAUAAUCCCCUAGAUAGCAUUAAUGAUAGAAAAUCCCUCUAUGUAGUUAUAAGUAAAAACGAUGUCGAGCAAGUGUAUGUAAAAUAGAGGAAAAAAUGUAGCCAAUACAGAUAUACAAAUAUAGUAUGAAUGAAGGAUGGUCUAAUAACAACAGAAGAAAGAGUUUAGAACACCCACGAAGGUGUUUAUUAGCACAAGCUAGGGCUUAUAAUAGAGCAGCGAUAGAACUACUCUUUUGGAUUAUAUCCGUUUACUAUAUAUUCUGCAUAUGCUCCUCUUUCUUCUGUUGUUAUUAGACCAUCCUUCAUUCAUACUAUAUUUGUAUAUCUGUAUUGGCUACAUUUUUUCCUCUAUUUUACAUACACUUGCUCGACAUCGUUGUAGCGGAGAGGCAAUAUGAUCCACGAUAUCUCCGCUGGGUAACAGGAACAACAAAGGAUAAUCCAGGGAAUCAGCAUAAAAUAAUCCAAACAGCACUGCAGUAACCCUUCCUUCCCAAGAACUAGACGAUACAUAGGCUGGGAGUCAACUGAGGUUUUAAUCACAGGUCACAGUAUUUAUGCAAUUCCCCAUGCAAGGGGUUUCCAAACGGACAUUACAGGUGUUGUACAGGAGGGGACUACAUGGGGGACUUACAGUACCACAUAUUUCUCCCAUCAGGCACCGCUGCACGAGAGGGAUCAUCCUCCCAGAAUGCACCGUUAAGGGGAUUAUCCCCUCGUGCAGCGGAACCGGCAAUUCACACAAAAAUCUACAACUGGUAUAAUAUACGGUGGAUUUACACGAAUGGACGUUCGGUAGAUAGCUGGGGUCUGGGCGCAUCAUUCGUGAGAUUGCCGCUCAGAUCCCAGCUAAAAUAACCGAACGCCGCACAGAAAACACAUUUCUUUCCAAACCCACGAAAAGAACCGAUUGCUUUUAGUGAACCUGGUCCUGAAACUCCCGAACGUCCUGGAGGCUCAGCGGUGUUCGUGCCGUCGAAUAACUGUUGGUAAUGCUAUGCGUUCGACGACACGGACCCGCUGAAGAACCAGGGAUCCAAGAUGGCCGACCGCCGCAUGGUCGGUAGUCGAACGACGGCCACCCAGGAGAGCCUCUAAUAACCGAUUGCAACAAUGUUGCAAUCGGUUAACUAGCGCCACACGCCUCUAAGUGUGUGGGCUAUUAGGGGGUAUCGCAUUCGUUUCACGAACGGCCCUCCAAAGUGCCGUUCGCGAAACGAACGGGAAUCCCCAUACAAACCGCCAUUUGCAUUCGGCGGAACAGAUAGGUACAGGCAAUGCAGGGAAUACAUGAAGCAGGCACAUACAGUUACAACGCCUCUCUCUCCAGACCUAUAGGCAACCCUUAAAGGCAUAGUGUCCAGUUAUAGUCCGAGUGGCUAGGUUUGCCACAAUGCUCCCCGAGAACCAAGCCGGCAUACACAGUCUGAUCCCAACGGAUCGGCUUGGGGAUGUCCGGAGGAGUACUCACGAAUCACGGCUCCAAGUCUGUUUGUCUAGACAACCCGUCGGCGUUGCCAUUCUGCUUCCCAGGGCGGUAGUGGAUAGUAAAGUCAAAAGGCUGCAGCGCCAAACUCCAGCGCAGCAGCCUGGCAUUGUCUCCGGACACCCUGUUCAGCCACACCAACGGGUUGUGAUCCGUGAGUAAAGUGAAGGGUUGCCCUGCAACUUCUUGAGGGCCCACACCACAGCCAGGCACUCCUUUUCAAUGGCGGCGUAGCUUACUUCCCUGGGUAAAAGUUUUCGGCUUAGGUAAGCUACGGGGUGCUCGCCGCCAUCGGGUCCAACUUGGCUCAGUACUGCUCCCAAUCCAAACAUAGAAGCGUCUGUGUGGACGAGAAAGCGUUUAGUUGGAUCAGGAGCAGAAAGUACAGGAGAGUUAACCAGCGCCGUCUUGAGCUGUUGGAACGCCUGCUCACACUCUGGGGCCCAGACUACUAACUUAGGGAGGUUCUUGCGGGUCAGGUCUGUGAGGGGUUUGGCGAGGGCGCUAUAGUUGGCCACAAACUUCCGGUAGUACCCGGCGGUCCCUAAAAAGGCGAGCACUUGGGUCUUGGUGCGAGGGGUAGGCCAUUGGGCGACUGCCUCUAUUUUAGCAGGUUCGGGUUUCUGUUGCCCACUCCCUACCCGGUGUCCCAGAUACUGGACUUCCGCCAUACCGAUAUGGUAUUUGCUGGGUUUUAGGGUCAGUCCGGCCUCUCGGAUUCGGUCUAGAAUGGCUCCUAUGUGAACCAGAUGUUCGUGCCAGGAGUGGCUGAAUAUGGCGAUAUCAUCUAGAUACGCGCAGGCAUACUCCUGGAACCCAUCUAACAGUCUGUCCACCAUUCUCUGGAAGGUAGCUGGAGCGUUUUUCAUCCCGAAUGGCAUAACCUUAAACUGAUACAGGCCAAACGGGGUGACAAAAGCCGACUUCGGGAUGGCGUCUUCCGCUAAGGGAAUCUGCCAGUACCCUUUGCACAAGUCUAUAGUGGUUAGGUAUUGACCCCUGGCCAUCUUGUCGAGGAGUUCGUCUAUUCGGGGCAUGGGAUAUGCGUCAGAGGUCGUUUUAUCGUUGAGCCGUCGGUAGUCUACGCAGAAACGGGUCGUCCCGUCCCGUUUCGGCACCAGUACUACCGGGGAGGCCCAGGGGCUGUCCGAGUGCUCUAUUACUCCUAGCUGAAUCAUCUCCUCAAUUUCCUUGCGCAUAUUCUCCUUGACUGCUUCUGGAGUGCGGUAGGGGGGUUGGCGCAAGGGGGUCGAAUCUAACGUUUCUACCUUAUGGGUAGCCAACGGGUAUAGCCGGGUAAAUUGGAAAACGUGGCCUUCUUUUCCCGAAGCAACUUUUGUACCUGGGCCCGUUCUUGGGUAUUUAAUCUUUCUCCUAACUGUACCUCUCCCAGAUCUCCGCUCUGGCCCUCUUGGUCUAGGAGAUCGGGUAGGGGUAGGUUAUCAAAAUCUUCCGUGGCAGGGGCACAGAUUGCGGUGACUUCCUCAGUCCGUUCGUGGUAUGGCUUGAGCAUGUUCACAUGGAGCAUGCGUUUGCCUCCCACGCCGGUAACCGGGCCGAUCACAUAGGUGGUGUCACAGAUCUGUUCCACCACUUUGUAUGGGCCCUGCCAGGAAGCCUGCAGCUUAUCUUUGUGGACGGGUCGCAGGAUUAGGACUUUCUGCCCCACCUGGAAGCUGCGGUCCCUGGCUCCCUUAUCAUACCAUCGGCGCUGUCGUUGUUGCGCUACCUGGAGAUUGUCUCGGACGGUCUGGGUUAGCCUCUCCAGGCGUUCCCUGAACUCGAGCACAUAUGGUAAGAUAGGGGUGCCAUUAAUGGUUUCGUCUCCCUCCCAGUGUUCCCGUAUCAAGUCAAGAGGUCCCCUCACUCUCCUCCCGAAUAAUAAUUUGAACGGAGAGAAUCCGGUGGAUUCUUGUGGCACUUCUCGAUAUGUGAACAGUAGGUGGGGUAAAAACCGCUCCCAGUCCUUUUGGGUGUCCAUGAACGUGCGGAUCAUUUGUUUCAGGGUUCCGUUAAACCGUUCACAGAGCCCAUUGGACUGGGGGUGAUAUGGGGAGUUGAGGAUUUGUUGUAUCCCACAUAGUUUCCAGAGCUGAUGGGUCACUUCAGCAGUAAACUGGGUGCCUCUAUCGGAGAUAAUCUCCCGGGGAAAUCCUACCCGGGUGAAUAUCCUCAUCAGGGCUUCGGCUACCGUUUCUGCGUGUACGUUCGUUAGGGCCACUGCCUCGGGAUACCGGGUGGCGUAGUCCACCACAGUUAGGACAUACUUCUUGCCGGAGGGGCUGGGUUUUGCGAGGGGACCUAUAAUGUCUACUGCCACCCUACUGAAUGGUUCUUCAAUGAUGGGCAGAGACCGUAGUCGGGCUUUGUAUCUGUCCCCCCUCUUGCCUACCCUUUGGCAGGUAUCGCAGGUCUGACAAUACCGCUUAAUAUCCUGGGAAAUACCUGGCCAAAAGAAAUUUUGGGUCAGCCUGUGCUUGGUCCGACUGAUGCCUAGGUGUCCAGACAGAGGGAUAUCAUGGGCUAUGCGUAACAGCUCUAACCUAUACUUUCGAGGCACUAUUAGCUGUUUAAUGGGCAAUGGUAUUGACCCGGACACUACCUUCUCUGCGUGCCGAUAUAGUAGCCCUUUGUCCCAGAUAUAUCUUUCCCCUUCUAACCCAGCUUGAUUUUUAUCCAUGCGGUCUUUGUACACCUGUAACGAAGGAUCUAGGGCUACUUCGGCCCCGAACUCUAUGGAAUUGGCCCAGGGCAGGAUAGGGGGUAGGGGAGGGUCAUUGCUUACCUGAGCCUCAGAGUGUUCGAAUGGUGCAGUGGUGCGGGCCUGUUGCUGGGUCACAACCGGGUAUGCUUCUUGUACGGUGGGCUGUGGAACAAAAGCCGAAGUCAGCUCCCCCAAAUCGUUGCCCAAAAUCGCAUCCGCUGGCAAGUCUUGCAUCAUCCCCACAUAUACAUUCCCGUGCCCCGCUCCCCAAUUCAAGUGCACCUUGGCCGUGGGUACUUUGUAAAUGGCUCCCCCAGCCACCCGUACAGCCACACAGUCCCCCGUGAGCUUGGGCUUGGGUACCAGAUGACUGCGUACUAGAGUUAGGGUAGCUCCCGAGUCACGAAGCCCUUGUACUUUCCUCCCUUCCAUGUGUACUUCCUGGCGGUGUCCUUGGCGGUUAUCGGAGGCGGCCUGGAUAGGGUUCACCUCGUGUAGAGUACCGAGGGGUUCCUCCCGGGUCGUCCCCAACUCCAGAUUUUGGUAGGAUUCGGCCUGUAGACAGUGGACUGCGGCACGGUUGCUCGGGGCGGCGUUAUUCCAGCUGGGUCGAGGCCGGUUCCGUGGGCAGUCUCUUUGGAUGUGUCCCUGUUGGUUGCAGGUAUGGCACCGGAUUGGUGGACGUGCUGAAUAUCUGGGGGGGUAGGAAUUCUGGUUUACCCCUGGUCGCUGGUACGUUGUGGGGCCCCCUGGAGGGCUGGCCGUUGUAGGGGGGAUGGUGGCUCGGGUGGGUAUGGGUUGAUCUCUCCGAUUGUCCUGGAAAUCGUCUGCCAUAUUAGCCGCCUCCUGCAGGGUGUGUGGCUUUCUGUCCCGGAUCCAGUUUUGUAGGUAGGUCGGGACGCCAUUGAAGAAUUGUUCCAGUACCAUUAGCUGGAACAGACCUUCCAAUGUAUCAACUUGGGCGGCCUCCAGCCACCCUUUGGCAGCUCGUUGUAGCUGGUGCGCCCACUCCACAUGGGUGUCCUUACUGGGUUUUUUAAUGUCCCGAAACUUCUUUCGGUAUGCCUCUGAUGUGAUGGCAUACCGGGCUAGGAUGGCCUGCUUUACUUUCCUCGUCUGGUACUGCCCGGUACGCUUCGGCGGCUCGCCCAGAUAAUCUCCCCGCUAGUAGGGGUACUCUGUCUGCAUCAUUAAUUUCGUGCAGCAAACACAGUCUCUCGAAAUCCUGUAAAUAGUCGUCAACGCCACCCUCUGUCUCCACAUAGCUUUUGAAGGCUUGAUAUGGGAUUUUGGUUUUCCCUGGGAAAAUAUGGACGCGCGUUGCGGCUCUUUCUCUGGCUUGCUGGUUUCCUGGCGGUCCCCUAGCCAUAAUGUACUCCUGUACAUCGGCGAACAGCCGGUUAAACAUUUCUGUAGAUGGUGGUUCAGGAAAUAAAGCCAUUCGUGCUCGGAAUUCCGCUGUAAAUUCGUUGUUUUGUCCCUCCAUUUGAGGUGCUGCAGCAGCUGCGGCUCUGUCUCCUUCCAUGAGCUCUGUAAUUAGGACAGCCUUUGCCUUGUUACUGGCGAUUGCUCCUCUUGCUUCCAGCAGCUCCUUUAAUGUGCUCCGUUUUAGCAGGGUGUAAUCUGUUCCCAUUCACCUGCUGUUCGUGAGGUUUAUUCGAAUGCGCUGAUUCCCGAACGCUUGUUCCUUGAUUCGUUUAAAAAUCUGCCGAACGUUGCUUUGCUGUGUAAAUUCAAUCCCACCGCUGCCACCAAUUGUAGCGGAGAGGCAGUAUGAUCCACGAUAUCUCCGCUGGGUAACAGGAACAACAAAGGAUAAUCCAGGGAAUCAGCAUACAAUAAUCCAGACAGCACUGUAGUAACCCUUCCUUCCCAAGAACUAGACGACACAUAGGCUGGGAGUCAACUGACAACCUUUUAAUCGGCAGGACAAUUUAUACAAGUCCCCAUGCAAGGGGUUUCCUGAGUCCCUCCCCAGGGGCACUCCCAGAGGGGACUACAUGGGGGACUUACAUGCCAACAUAUUUCUCCCAUAAGGCACUGCUGCACGAGAGGGAUCAUCCUCCCAGAAUGCACCGUUAAGGGGAUUAUCCCCUCGUGCAGCAGAACCGGCAAUUCACACAAAAAUCCACAGUUGGUACAAUAUACGGUGGAUUUACACGAAUGGACGUUCGGUAGAUAGCUGGGGUCUGGGCGCAUCAUUCGUGAGAUUGCCGCCCAGAUCCCAGCUAAAAUAACCGAACGCCGCACAGAAAACACAUUUCUUUCCAAACCCACGAAAAGAACCGAUUGCUUUUAGUGAACCUGGUCCUGAAACUCCCGAACGUCCUGGAGGCUCAGCGGUGUUCGUGCCGUCGAAUAACUGUUGGUAAUGCUAUGCGUUCGACGACACAGACCCGCUGAAGAACCAGGGAUCCAAGAUGGCCGACCGCCGCAUGGUCGGUAGUCGAACGACGGCCACCCAGGAGAGCCUCUAAUAACCGAUUGCAACAAUGUUGCAAUCGGUUAACUAGCGCCACACGCCUCUAAGUGUGUGGGCUAUUAGGGGGCAUCGCGUUCGGUUCACAAACGGCCCUCCAAAGUGCCAUUCGUGAAACGAAAGGGAAUCCCCAUUCAAACCGCCAUUUGCAUUCGGCGGAACAGAUAAUUACAGGUAAUGCAGGGAAUACAUGUAACAGACACAUACAGGUUAAAACGCAUAUCUCUCCAGACCUAUAGGCAACCCUUAAAGGCAUAGUGUCCAGUUAUAGUCCGAGUGGCUAGGUUUGCCACAAUCGUUUUUACUUAUAACUACAUAGAGGGAUUUUCUAUCAUUAAUGCUAUCUAGGGGAUUAUCAGUUUGAAGUCCCUCUGGGAACAGAAUUUAGAAUGUUGUAUUUAUCUCCCAGUUCCUAUCUUUGCAAGCUCGUUUGGAGUAUUAUUUAUAACUAAAUGUUUAUUUCCUUAUACUUAAGGAUUCACAUUAAUAAGCAAUUAUAGGGAUUUGAGUUGUUACUUUGUUACUUAGGUGCUAUUGUAUCCUCUUCUGAUUCAGCAGCUUAAUAAAGUUACAGUUCUGUACUGUUUAUUUAGAGAUACUCUUGUAUGCACUAUAACAAUAUCUGAUAUUACCAAGUAUCGUCUGGCUCUCCUUCCCUUAAUUACUUCUCUCCUAUCAGUCGGACUCCAUAUUUUGAGAUGUAUCAGGCUUUAUAUUAGUGUUUGCUUACUUUACUGGCAGGCUUGGUAGUUUCUCCUGUAUAAGGGGAACUACCUUAGCACUUUUUCAUAUUUUUAUUUAAAGUAAGGACUUCUUUGUCUUUGUAGAAUUUCUCUGCCUGAGACUUUUAAACCCUGGGCGGACCUACCGCUGUCUAGAAGUGUCUAGCAGCCCCUUUGUACAAGCAGUAAGUGUCCACAAUUACUAAUAUACACAUGCCCACUGUGUGAUGAAACUAGGCACCAACUGGCUUCAGGGCUUACUUAAUGUAUGCUAUAUUAUGAAAGGUUCCAUUCAUAUAAAGGUUCCUGAUGAAUCAGUGUCCCUGUUAACGCCCAAUCAUUGCAAGCCACUUUUUCAAGGUGUAAAAAGCUGCUAAAUAGCCCUUCACUAUUUGCUUCUGUGGAAUAUAUGCCACUUAGAGGGCUCCAGUAAAGGCCUUAGUUAUUAACUAGAUUCGGAACCUUUUAUAUACUCCACUCUGACAACGGAGUGCAGCGCAGUUCUGGGAGGUUGUAAUUGCCUGCUGACAUCACAAUGUAUGCGUUUCAUCUUUUAAAGACCUUUUUAUUACAGCUGCAAAAAAAAUGCAAUUUAACAGUUUUAACAUGUUCUUCACCAGCAUAGUGCAAAAUUUGCACAUACACCAAGAAACUAGAUCUGGUGACUAAGCUGAUUUAUGCUCAGAAGUCAGCUUGCCAACCAUAAUAGUAAAUAUCACAUAUCUUUUUACUGAAUUCCAAGUUAAUUUUCAACUAUCAAAUAACGCUUAACAUAUAUUUUCAAAUCUCUUUUCUGUCAGAAAAGUUUGUGGAAAUAUUCAUAUAUUCAUAAAUCCAUUGCGCCAAUGGAAAAAAUGGAGCAAAAAAAGACAACUGUUGAAAAAAAAAAAAAAAAAAAGAAAAUCACCUAAAAUGAGUUUAAAAGGUGUUGGUGUCAGUUUGAUAAACAUCCUCCAUUGUAAAAACACUCUCAGCUCUCUCUGUUUACACCCAGGCCUGCAGUGUACUCAGGUUCCUGGGAAACUGAAGCAGUUGGAUGCUGGAGCCGGACAGGUUUAUGGGGUCAACGAUGCCGAUGACAUAUUCCAUUUGAAUGGUAAUAGCUGGGAGCAGGUUCCAGGCAAACUGAUACAUGUCAGACAGAACAAUAUAUUCAAGAUUCAAGAUGGCGUCUGGGUGAACGUAGAAGGUAAGAGUUUACUGGUAUACAAAAAUAAGUCAGCCUUUGGAAUGAGACAUGGAAGGCGAACUGUGAAUGUAUACACUACAGAAAUAGAUACCUGAUAUACGUCUAUAAUGUUUUUUAUUUGGGGGAUACAAUGUUUUAUUUAAUGGAUAACGUGUUCUGAUACAUUCCCACAUGGCCAUUUAAGUUCCCUUUCUCUCCUGUUUAGCUUACAUUUUCAAAAGUAGUCAGUUAUUGAUACUGAUUAUACAGUGAUUUAUUGCAGUUUCUUUUAAUGACUUUUUCUAUCGGACUAACGGAAAUAUGCAGUGAGGCGCUUAAAGAAAUUCCUACCUUUAUCAAAUGCAAAGCAUUUCUGACCAAAGUGAAACAAGCAAGCUAAGUUGGCUGUAAUGGAUGUUUAAAUGGGUAAAAACAAUAUGCCGAGGUGUUGUAAAUCUGCCCUGGGAUAGAAUAGGGAAAAAGCAAACAAAAGUUAAAGGAUCACUCCACAUCUAUAAAGCACUUCAGCUUGUUAAAGGGCUGUAUCAGUGAUAAGGAGUAUCUUAUUUCAAAUCCAGAGAUUUGAGAGUACCAACUUCUAUGAAAAAUAAGCACUUUUAAAAUUCAAUUAAAAAACAACUCACUGGCUGUCAGACAGCCAGGACGGUUAGUUACCUCUUUCUGUUAGCUUUACUGAGCUAACAUGACAUUUGCACUGUCGUUAUUCGGCAUGUGCUAUAAACUUUAACUUUAAUAAUACACGGACACGUUUAAUACUGUUGGAGUAUAACGUCCACAGCUUUAUUAAUAUGAAUAAAUUAACAUAUUUAGGGUCAUUGUCAUAAAUGACAUUAUUUAUUAUCCCCCCGCACAAUCCCCUGACAAUGACCCUACCACAUGAACAAUAAUUAACAUCAAUUACCAAUAAACUUGUAAACAUCCGGCCUACCAACGAGGCCCCAUAUCAUAAUGAUAACUGUAGGGGUGUACCCAGACACCCCUACACCCCCAGGUUCAUCGCCACCGAAGAGCUAGAACCUACCAACCAUGACACCGUCUGGCCUACUUCAGCCUAGGCCCUGGCCUGUACAGUUCCAAUUCCCUGAUAACUUCCAACUUAACCACGCCCUGUUCCGCCACAGCACUUGUCUUGACCCCUUAAGACCAUGUGCGACCCCCACCACACUGAAACAGGGCUCAGGCUAUGCCCUCCUGGAACCCCAAGUUCAGCAAGUCACACCCCACCUCUGACAGGUGUACUCCAUCCCUCCUAUAAUAACCUGGCAACAUGCCCUCCAGUUCCCGAUGCCUCACCACUACUCCCCCCAUCCGCUUAACAAAUACUGCCAUAGCUCUAUUAAUCUUCCCCCUGCAUCGUGCCAUCGCAGCAGGGUCCCUGGCGUGCCGCCAUGUAAAACGAGGCACCAUCUCGGACCACACCACCACCACGUCAGGGACCAGUUCCCGUAGCCGAUCCAUGUCCCUCUUCAUUCGCCGCAACAGUUCCCGUUGCGGAAUCAGCCCUAAGUCAUUCCCCCCACCGUGCACCACUACAACAUCCGGAACCGGACCCUUUGACACUUUUGUAAAUAAAACAUUACUCAAGCUCUGCCAACUAAAACCUCGAAAACCAAACCAGGAUAAGACCGCCCGUUCCAGAGGAAAGCCCAGUUGUGUUCCUUGUCUCCGAACUGCGGCCCUCUUCUGUGCCCAAUAUACGAACGAGUGUCCCAGCAACCAAACAUUCCAACCUGAAAAGAGACAAAAUUAAUUACACCGCAGUGCCAGUGUCCCCCAGUCCUGGCCAUUUAACCCCUCAAAGCUCCACCAUCCCGUCGGGCCUCACAUACGAGCGAAACCACACGGAUUCCCACCUUCCAAUCCUCUUGAUCCGCUCGUCACCCAAACCCAAGCGUGCCGCCUCUGUAGCCGCACCGAUACAGAACGAAUGCGACCCGAAUUGCAUGGGCUGCAGGCCCAGCUUCACUAAGCCCAAACGAAAAAUCCUAAUGAAUUGAAACCGUGACAGCGCCGUGCCGUCAGCGUGCAGGAAAAAACAACCACUAACGUUAGGACGGAUCCCCAGGUACCCUGAUCCGCAGGCCACCGGGCACAACCCUGACCCCGGCAACUCGAAUAGCACCACGGAGCAGCCUUUGCCGAAAACAUCAGUUUUCGAUCGGCCCAACCUAAUCUGCACGCGAUCACUCUUAACUUCCACAUCAUCGCGCUGCAAGCGCUAACCAGCUCCCCGAUCCGAAACGCCCCGAAAAACGCCCAGACAAACGCACCAGAAAAAAGGACCACCUCAAAUGGCGAGGAACAUAACUCCGGUAACUUUCCCACCAAACCUUGUAAGACCGCAAAAGACACCGGUCUCCUGACGUCCGUCGACGUCUUCCCCCGUCCCGCAAAAUAAGCCCCGAAACCCACGCUGCCCGAAGCGUCCGUAAACAGCCCCACUGCUUCCGAAGACACCACUUGCUCCCGAAAAAAGGCCUUGCCAUUGAAGUCCCUCAAAAAACGAUCCCACACCUCUAAGUCCGCCUUCAUGUCCGCGGAAACCCUGAUAUAGUGUGACGGCAUCCGUAUCCCGCUCGUCGCCCGCGCCAAUCGUCUACAGAAAACCCUCCCCAUGGGUAUGACCCUGCACGCAAAGUUCAGGCUCCCUACCAGAGACUGUAAUCCCCUCAGCGUCACCUUCCGUGCUCUCCCAAUCGUGUGCACCAAAUCUUUCAGUUUGUGCAACUUGUCCUGUGGUAAUCUACAUUCCCCGAUCUCCGAAUCGAUCUCCAAACCCAGAAAACUAAGACACGUGGCGGGUCCCACAGUCUUGUCCUGCGCCAAAGGAACCCCCAUCGUCUGCGUUACCCAUUGGAACACCCGUAGUAUCUGCUUGCACCGGUCUGAGACUCGAGGGCCGACACAUAAGAAGUCGUCCAGGUAGUGCACAACCGUGCCCCCGGCCGAUUCCCGUCGCACUACCCAUUCCAGAAAAGUGCUAAACUUCUCGAAAUAGGCACACGAGAUGGAACAACCCAUCGGCAAGCACAGAUCCACAAAGAAGCCCCCUUCAAAACAACACCCCAAGAGGUGAUGACAUGACGGGUGUAUGGGAAGCAGCCGGAACGCUGCCUCCACGUCCACCUUCGCAAUCAGCGCUCCCCGCCCAGCUCUCUGUACCAACUCGACUGCCCUGUCGAAUGAUGUGUAAGAUACUGAACAGAGUGCCGCGUCGAUGUCAUCAUUCACCGAUGACCCUUUAGGAUACGAUAAGUGAUGAAUCAACCUGAAUUUGCCAGCCUCUUUUUUGGGGACCACUCCAAGUGGGGAUAUCCGCAACUCCGCUAGAGGAGGAUACGGGAACGGCCCCGCCAUCCUCCCCAAAAGGACCUCUUUGGCCAGCUUUUCCCGUACUACCUCCGGGCGUUCCCGCACCGAUUUAAGAUUGGCACAAACCGCCCCUGGUUCCUUGACCGUGAAGGGGAUCACGAAGCCCUCCCUAAAACCCCGCCACAGGAACGCUGCAUCCUCCUGGUUAGCGUAUUGCCUUAGCCAAGGCAACAUCGCGCCUAACCUCACUGGGGACGCCCCCAGUUGCAGCCGAGGUGGCCGCCACCCCUGCGGUUCCACCCCCUGCAUUAAGCUUACCUUUCUUGAAGCAUCUGCUGGCGCCGUGAUUCCCUCCACAGCCCGAACACUCGUGCCUAAAUCGGCAUGAAGUACCCCACUUGCAUUGACCCUCGUUGCACGUCCAGCACAGGCCCUUCUUUUGUCCCGCUGGCACAGCCACGCCUGAGGCUGUCCCAGCUGCCCCGAGAAAGGGCAUCAUAAUCCUCAUCCAUAGCGGCAGGUCCAUUUGGUCCCACCGCAUGGUAGGGUUGGCCGCCAAGCGUUGCCGAAACUGCUCAUCAUAUUUCCACCAUGCUAGGCCCCCAUACGUCCGAUACGCAUCGCCUAUCCCAUCCAAGUAGCAGAACAGUUGCGAACAGCUCCCUGGCCUUUUUUCCCCUAUCACACUAGCCAGGAUGCAGAACGCCCUCAGCCAAUUCCCAAAAGUCUUCGGUAUCUUGCGAUACCUCCGCCUUUUUUCUUCUUCCUCCUUCUUGGCGUCCUUGGAAGCGGACCUCCUUCUCCCUGCCCUGCAGCUGGUCCUGGAACCACUGCGCCUGCUAUGCGAUGGACUCCUGUCCCUGCUCCACUGCCGAUCAGCUGACCUCCUGCUGCUGCCGGGCCUGGCGCUACCGCUGCGCCGCUCCCGUCUGUACUCCUCCCGCUCCCUGGUCCCGCUGCGGUGCCCCCCGUGAGAGCAGCCUGAGGGGCCCAACCUUCCACUGCUACUGCUCCUGACCUCCCUAUCCCGCGCUGUACCGCGUGUGUCACCCUUCUCCGCUGUACCUGGCCAUCUGUUGGCCGCUGCGCCUGUCUCAGAUGCCCCUUGCACCCCCUGGCAGCCCGCUGGAACCUCUGCCGCUCUCUGUCCGAUCCUGUCAUCUUCCUGCCGCCCCUCCUCCCUAUGCCUGGCACUGUCGCCCGUCCCGGCCACACCUAAGGCCGCCCGCGAGCUGGUCCCGCUGACCAGGCCACCCCUGGGUUGCUGGGGGGCCACCUGCGCCGGAGCAUCCCGCGUCCCGCCCGCCCCCUGCCCCUCAGUGACCAGAGUGGACUCACCGGGACGCCUCACUGAAGUGCUGCCGACCACGUGUUCCUCCGCUCUCCCGGCCGCCAUUCCCGCCGUGCUGGAGCCCUUCUCUGGGGUACCUGUGCUGCCUGCCGCCAUCUUGGGUGGGGCGCGUUUUCCAGCAGGUCCGCGCUUUGCGGCCGUCCUCGCCUGACCGACACCGCGGCGCACAGGCGGCGCCAGCCGCUUCCCAGUGCUGUCCGACCCUCUUGCCUCCUGGCUGGGUGCCGACGGGCUCCUCCGCCGCCGUGGAGUGGGCGCCAUGCCCGGACUCAAGCGCUGGGGCGGCCGUGCUCUUCGCGCCGUCCUGUGCUCCGCUGGUGCUGGAGGGGGAACUGCAGCCCCCAGUUGUUCAUGCAGCCAGGCCAGCCCUCGGUCCUUCACUACUGCUCUCACUCCGGCCAGGAUCUCAUCUAGGGACGCCAUGGACCUGCAGCAAAAGAAAAAAGAAAAACCCCACAGACCUGACACAACUAACAGGUAAGUGAAGUUCUGAUUAAAAUGGCCACUCUCUAAGAUGGCCGUUAUUUUAACCCCCUUUAAUCCCGCCCCCAAGCUCCAUUAGCUUAAGCCAACCCCUAACUGAAUGCACCUGCCCACUCCUGGCUCUGUCAAGGCCCACUCCCCUUACUUCGUUGCUCCAUGGGCUUCAGAGCUGGAAGGAUCACUGUGCUAAAUGAGCCACAGGGUUGUGAGCUCUUACCUGUCCUUCUGGUUCCUGCAUCCUUCUACCUUAUCACCAAACCCUCACUGAGCAUGCAUGGCCUCCCCAAUCCACAUUUAGUCCAUGAUCUUUAAUGUUGAAGAAAAUGAUAAUUUUUGACUCUUGUUUUCCUCCUCUUCAUAUAUUUGAAGUUUCCUUCGAGUAUUUUGAUUUUACAAUCCUGAACGGAACGAUCUUUCUGUGUGAAGUGAUGUCCAACUGACGUGCAGUAAUGGUCUUCUUCAUGGUGUGUUAUAGAGUAUCUGUGUGUGUUCAUCCCUUCAUAUAAUUGUUGGAUGUUUUUACCCUGGUCAUAGUUCAUUCAUGUAUAGAACAUAUAUUGAUGUAGAGGAGACCGGUUCCUUCAUGCUAUAUGUUUUAUUGUUGUAAGUGGCUAUGUGAUUUGUGCAGAUAUGCUGACACCGUUUGCCAUGUGGUUUGUUUCAGGGUAUGCAUGCGUUGCCCUAUUAAUAUUACUAAAACUUCAAUCCCAUAUUGAAUCCAGGAAGUGUACAAAUGUACUAAUUAUAUACAUUCUGUAAUCUGAUGCUAUUUUUCCACAGGAUCCCUUAAACAGGAGGAUGCAGGGGGUAACAUAUACCAGGCUGGUGUGAGCGGUGCUGAGAACAUUUAUUGCCAAAAUCAGGAUUCCACUGUUUCCAGAAAAACAAAUCUCUCUUUCAAUGAAAUUGAAGGAACCGUGAAGUAUUAUAGCUGUGAUCGCCAUGGCUGCUGGGGAGUGAACAAAUACAAUUCAAUAUUUUAUCGUUUGGAUGAGAGUCCAACUGAUCGCAAAGGCCGUACAUGGAGAGAGGUGGAGGGGAGAAUGGUUAUGGAGGAAGUUGGUUCUGAUGGAUCAGUGUACGGAGUUGACCCCGUUGGCUAUGUAUACAAAAGGUAAAUCUUUUAGUAACAAUUCUGAAAUAGGGAGUAUAUACCAGAAAUAUAAUUGUGUAGCAAUUACUGUCCUAAGUCUGCCAAGUACCUAUGAAUUAAUUCCAUUCAGGAGCUUAAAUUUAUAUAUUUGUUUUUAACAUAAAUAAUCAAAAUCUGACUAUUUGUUUUUUUUAACAUAUAUUUAUUGUUACUAUAAAAAGAGAAGCUAUAUUAUUUACACUGUAUUCUCGACAUGAUAGGGUUGGUUGUACCCUUAGUGUCUGUUGCCACCUACAAAGUUGAUCUCUGAGUGUGCGGUAGGACACUAGACAAAAAUGACUUUAAUUAAUAAUUGUGCAUGUCUUUUUCCCACAGAGAAGGAAUCUCUUUUUUGAACAAUGUUGGCACUGAGUGGUCUGUGAUGAAUGAACGUGGUCCCUUUAAGUAUGUCUCAUAUGAUAAUGGAUUGCUAUGGCUUCUUAAUACAGAGGGGCAAAUCUUCAAAUGCAAUGCCAACUAG